AUGUCAGCUGAGAACAACGAUGAACAUGAAGCAGAAAAAGAAACUUUCGAUUUCACCAAAAUGUACAAAACUGUCCUAGAAAAAUCAGAGGUUCCUAAUAUUGAGAUUCCAUUUGCAGUUCAGGAUGUCAUCAGUAAGAUUGAGCAAGCACAGCUCCAGCGAGCCAGAGAGUAUCUUAAUAUGCAGCUGACAGACAUAAUGCAAAAUGUGAAGCGUAUAAUAAAUCGCUAUACUAUGAAUGAGAAUAUGCAUGCUGGAAGGAAAAUGUCCCUUAUAGAACAUAAGAAACGGAGAGGAAGCUUGCUGGAGAAAAUAGUUGCUUGUGCUAAGACUGCUGAAAUUAAAGACAAGACUCUUGCCUACAUUCUGGCCUGGUUGGAAGAAUGGAAUGUCACUUUGUCUGAGAUCACUGCAAUUGAUAUUGAAGAACACCAUCACUGUUUAGCACAAAUGGAGAUGUUACCAGAAACAUUCAAAGCUAUUGAGAGCAAUGUCAAGAUACUAAGCAGAAUUACUACAUAUUUGCUUGAAGAAAAGAAGAAACAAAAGAAAAAAACAGCAUCUAGAAGUUCUCUAUGGAAAUCAUGGAAAGAAAGAGUUAUAAAGCGACCUGCAACAGCUCAUGCUUUAAGACCAGAUCAGAUGAUUAGUGAUCAAUUUGCCACAAAAACAAAGGUGUCAGAAAUCCAAGAUAUGCUUCAGGAUCUCAUAGGUACUUCAAUGUUCAAUAAACUGGAAAACAAUGCUAUUAAAUAUAUAUCAUCAACAACAGUAAACCUUUCUAAAGCUUUGAGUACACUAAAUGAUGAAGUGAAAGCUAUUAACCUCCAUACUUCUGAUACAUAUGCAAAUGAGACAGUUGAAAGAGAACAAGAGAUUUCCCUGAAGAUAAUAGAAGAUCUCAGUAAAAGAAAUGAAAUGCUUCAGCAAAAACUUCAAGAAGCAGAAGAAAAAUAUGAACACCUUAUUCGAUCCAAAGUUGUAGAGCACCAAGCAUUGCCCACAUCAACACAAAAAGUGUUACCUGAGCCUUCUCCACAAUCAACCAUUAGCCAAGCUGACACAGAAAACAGUUUAGACAGUAUUUUGACCAAAGAAUUUGAAAACAUGGUAGAUGAGGCCCCUCAAAAAGAGACCAAAGCCUUGGGAAUCAAGUCGGACUCAUCGCAAUUAUAUGCAGCCCAAGGUGAAACAACUCCAGAUUUAACUGGCCAGCAGAAAAAGUCUUCUGGAGAGAUCACUGAAGAUAAGAUAUCAGUGAAGAAAGGUGGUGCCUUUCAGAAAGAUGGGGCUGACGAGUUCCAGUCACAGAAAAAAAAGCGUACAAAAGGCCUGUCUGUGCAGGAGACCUCUGAAUCAAAUGUGAAUGAUGAUAAAGGUAAACAGAAAGUCACAGGGACCAAACUUGAUCACCACUUAGAAUUACAAGCACUGGAUAAGAAGAGAAACAAAACAGAAUCCUUUCCUGAAGCCAAAUCAAAGUCACUCACUGAAUCAAAAAGUCAACAUUUUCCUUCUGAUUUCCCUUCUGACAAGAGCCAAGGUGGUAGAAGUGGAACAAGUGGUAAAGUGGAACAAGUGAGGGAGGCUAAAUCGGAAUAUUUACAGAGUAAAAGUCAAAUGUCUUCAGAGAAUGAAGAGGAGCUCACCACUGAGCCAACGGACAAAGAUGGCAGAAAUGAGAUGAGUAGCACACCAGAGCCAUCCAGGUGGAGCAAACUUGAUCCUUCCUCUGAGAAAAUAAAAGGAAAGAAACACCACAUCUCUCCAGGAAGCACUACAAGAAAAGAAGAAAAAUCUGAAGAGAAAGAUAUGUCAGUCUUCACGAAGAAAUUCAAGUCUCUUGAACUUGCUAAAUCAGGUAUUCCAGAUCACGAAAGUGAACAGAGUAACCUAGAAGAAUUUCAGAAAGCCAUAGAGUCAUUCCUUAAAGAGAAAAUUGAUAACAUAGGAAAGCCCUGGGAUAAAAAGACUGUGUCAAAAGAAGAGUUAUUAUCAAAAAGAUCAGAAGUUGAGAAAUUAGGAAUCAUAAAGACAAAAAUGGAGGAAUAUUUCCAUAAAGUGGCUGAAACUGUGACAAAAAUCUUAAGAAAAUACAAAGAUAUAAAAAAUGAAGGACAAAUUGGAGAGAAACCUUUGAAACUAAGAAAGGCAGUCUCAUUUAUGCCAGAACGGCAUUCUCAGGAACCAACUAGUGCACAGUCAGAAAUUAGCACCUUAAUUUCACAGGAGAGGCUUGACCCACUAACUGACAAUUUAAUAAGAAUGAUCUUGACCGAAAUAGAAAGUGAAAGGAAUGUUCCAGAAGCCUCUACAGUAGGGACAGACUAUAAAGAGAAGGAAAAACAAGAGCUAGAAGAAAGGAGGUUUGAGAUGAUAAAGAAGAAUUUGGAGAAGGAAGAGGCAUGGCUCCCAGUGAAGGAGGGAAAGCAAAGGCAACAGAAAGAGAAACAAUGGCAGGAAAAAGAGGUGUGGAAGGGACAGCAAAAACUCAAGAUACAAAAGCAGAUCGAGUCAGAUGAGAAGCAAAAGCAAAGAGAAGAGGAGAGAGAAGGGUAUCAGAAGUCAAAGCAGCAGCAGUUGGAGGCAUGGAAACAAACAACAAAACAACAAGGUGUGCCUUUGGAGGAGAAAGGACAGCAGAUGAUGCAGGUUCAGAAGGAAGUGAGACAUCUGGAGCAAGAAAGCAGUUUGGAGAGAGAGGAGAAGCAGAAGGCAAGGAGAAAUGUAGGGGACUAUGAAAGUCAGAAGCAAAAAACUGCAAAGGAGAUGAAGACAUAUGAACAACUAGAACAGGUGCUCAGUCAGACUUCAAUCACAUUGUCUCACAGGUGGGAGAGCACACAGAAAGACAUACCGCAGACACACCAAAGAACAGAUUUCACUGGGAACCUUAAGAAAUUAGGGGAUCUGGCUGAAGGAAAGCAUCGCAUUCCAAUCACUACUCCCAUCUCCACACAAUCCUCCUCACAUGGACCCUCUCCUCUUUCUGGAGCGUCUCUUGCAAAGGUUUCUCUCACCCCUCAGCAGGCCCAGGCACUUGGGAUCACUCUCACCCCUGAAAAAGCUCAGGCAUCAGAGAUCACUCUGACCCCUCAGCAAGCCCAGGCACUGGGGAUACCUGUCACCCUUCAGCAAAUUCAAGAAGUAGGUGCUUCUCUCACCCCUCAACAGGCUCAGGCACUGGGGAUUCCUAUCACCCUUCAGCAGGCUCAAGCUCAGGGCCUCACUCUUACCCCUCAACAGGACCAGGCACUGAGGAUCACUCUCACCCCUGAACAAGGUCAGGCACUAGGGAUCACUCUCACCUCUCAGCAGGCCCAGGCACUGGGGAUUCCUGUCCCCUCUCAGCAGAUACAGGAAGUGGGAGUUUCUCUCACCCCUCAGCAAGCCCAGGCACUGGGAACCAUUCUCACCCCUGAACAAGCUCAGGCACCAGGGAUCACUCUUACCCCACAACAGGCCCAGGCACUGGGGAUUUCAGUCACCCCACAGCAUAUCCCAGAUGUGGGGGUUUCUCUCACUCCUCAACAGGCUCAGGCUUUGGGGAUUCCUAUCACUCAGUGGGCUGAAGCUCAGGGCAUCACUCUCACCCCUCAGCAAGCCCAGGCACUUGGGAUCACUCUCACCCCUGAACAAGCUCAGGCACCAGGGAUCACUCUCACCCCUCAGCAGGCCCAGGCACUUGGGAUCACUCUCACCCCCGAACAAGCUCAGGCACCAGGGAUCACUCUCACCCCUCAGCAGGCCCAGGCACUGGGGAUCACUCUCACCCCCGAACAAGCUCAGGCACCAGGGAUUACUCUCACCCCUCAGCAGGCCCAGGCACUGGGGAUCACUCUCACCCCUCAGCAGGCCCAGGCACCAGGGAUCACUCUCACCCCUCAGCAGGCCCAGGCACUGGGGAUCACUCUCACCCGUGAACAAGCUCAGGCACCAGGGAUUACUCUCACCCGUCAGCAGGCCCAGGCACUGGGCAUCACUCUCACCCCUCAGCAAGCCCAGGCACUUGGGAUCACUCUCACCCCUGAACAAGCUCAGGCACCAGGGAUCACUCUCACCCCUCAGCAGGCCCAGGCACUUGGGAUCACUCUCACCCCCGAACAAGCUCAGGCACCAGGGAUCACUCUCACCCCUCAGCAGGCCCAGGCACUGGGGAUCACUCUCACCCCUGAACAAGCUCAGGCACCAGGGAUCACUCUCACCCCUCAGCAGGCCCAGGCACUGGGGAUCACUCUCACCCCUGAACAAGCUCAGGCACCAGGGAUCACUCUCACCCCUCAGCAGGCCCAGGCACUGGGGAUCACUCUCACCCCCGAACAAGCUCAGGCACCAGGGAUCACUCUCACCCCUCAGCAGGCCCAGGCACUGGGGAUCACUCUCACCCCCGAACAAGCUCAGGCACCAGGGAUCACUCUCACCCCUCAGCAGGCCCAGGCACUGGGGAUCACUCUCACCCCUGAACAAGCUCAGGCACCAGGGAUCACUCUCACCCCUCAGCAGGCCCAGGCACUGGGGAUCACUCUCACCCCCGAACAAGCUCAGGCACCAGGGAUCACUCUCACCCCUCAGCAGGCCCAGGCACUGGGGAUCACUCUCACCCCUGAACAAGCUCAGGCACCAGGGAUCACUCUCACCCCUCAGCAGGCCCAGGCACUGGGGAUCACUCUCACCCCUGAACAAGCUCAGGCACCAGGGAUCACUCUCACCCCUCAGCAGGCCCAGGCACUGGGGAUCACUCUCACCCCUGAACAAGCUCAGGCACCAGGGAUCACUCUCACCCCUCAGCAGGCCCAGGCAUUGGGGAUCCAUGUGACCCCUGAACAGGCCCGUGCCCUGGGGAUCCAUGUCACCUCUGAGCAGGCCCAUGCACUAGGGAUCACUCUCACUCCUGAUCAGGCCCAGGUACCUUGGGUGUCUCUCACUUCUCAACAGGUCCAGGCACUGAGGAGCCACAUCACCCCUGAGCAGGCACAGGCUCAGGGCAUCACUCUUACCCCUCAGCAGUCUCAGGCACUGAGAAUCCCUGUCAUCAUUCCACAGCCUCAGGAUUUGGGGGCCCCUUUCACUUUAGGACAGGCUCAAGCAUUGGGGAUUUCUCUCUCUCAUGAACAGUUUGCAAAAUUAGGGGUUCCUCUCACCUCAGAUAAAGUGUAUACUUUAGAAUAUCCCCACAUCCCAGAACAAAUCCAACCUUUGGAAGCUCCUUUCACCCCAGGGGAGGCCUGGUCCGUGGGUAUUACUGUUAGGCCUGUGCAGGGCCUAACAUCAAGAACUCCUCUCUUUAAGGAGCACCCCUUACCACCCUGGGCUAGUCCUCCUUCAGGACAUACACUGAAAACUGGGAUCUCUUCCAUUACUGAUAAAUCUGUCACGAAACAUGCUCCUCACACUCCUAAGGAGUCCCCAGUAUCAUCUGCUGCUAUUGCUGAGGAGUUCCCUGUAUUUGAGGUGCCUUCUACUCCUUUCCGUAUGUCAAGGUUUCCUCUUAAACAAGCCCCCUCUGAGAAAUUCUUGGGAAUGAGGAUUCCUUCAGACCCUGGGAAGCCCCUGGCACCACAGACUUCUCCUUCUUCCAGACAGACCCUAAUGUCUAAGGAUCUAUCAACCUCUGUUCCAUUCCCAACACCAGUUCCCAGUCCAAUAUCUGGGCUCUCUCCCACUCCACAGCAGCCCUUUGAACCAGAGGCCCUCCUUAGUUCCAGGCAAUUCUUCAUAUCUAGGGACUCUAUGACACCCCAGUCACCUCUGAUAUUGAAGCCCUUUCAUGACCUCAGACAGCCCCUUAUAUCUGGAGUCCCAGUCACCUCUGCACAGAUUCCCCAAAUCUGGGCUCCUCUCUCUCCUAGGAAGCACUUGGUUUCUGGGACUACUUCCAUCCCUCAGGAGCUCUUGAAAUCUGGACCCUUAACACUCUCUGAGCAGUUUCAGGCAUCCCAGACCUUUGCCACUCAUAAGCAAUCUCCUGGGUUACAAGCCCCUUCUACCCUUGGGCAGCAUCUGCCACCAAGGACCCUUCCUGGGCAAGCUUCCCCUCUAUGGGUCUCUCCCACCCCUGGGCGUCCCCUAACACCAUUGACUCCCUCAACCCCUGGAAAGCCACAGAAAGAUUUGUUCUCUGCUGUCUCUGAGAAAAGGAAGGAAAGAUUGUCAAUUAUUUCUUCUCUGAAAUUGAAAUCAGUAUCAGUCCAUCCCAGUGCUCCAAGUUUCAAGGUAAUUCAAGCCCCUUUCACCACUAAGAAGUUCCAAACAGCAGAGGUCUCUGACACUUCUGAAGAAAUCCAGAUACCUGAAGAUCCUUUUGCCGUGGAACGAUUUAGAAUGUUUAAGUCCCAUCUCACCGAUUACAAGACACCAGUAUCUCAAGCCCCUUAUGCUGAUGAGGGGACCCUUCCUACUACUCUCAUUAGGCCUGUAACUCCACUACCUUCUCUUAUUACUACUCAACUACUCAAAACACGGCAGAGCUCACCUUCUGAAUGGGACCAGAAAUCCCAACUUCCCCCUAUCAAUAAGCCCUGGGUACUGACUUCAGUUUCAGAUACCAGGCAACCCAAGAUGAUGGUGCCCACUUCCUAUCCCCAAGAGCUCAAAGAACAGAACUAUUUUGUUGAUGUGGAGGCUCAGCGGAAGAACCUGAUACUCUUAAAUCAGGCCACAAAAGCUUCUAUACUCCCUUCACAGCUACACACAGAAGCUAGGAAUCUCAUAAUCGAGACACUUCGUACAGACAAAGUUCGGCUGGGAUACCUAUUCCGCAAGUACAAUGCCUAUAGACUGAUCCAGCGUGCAAGGAACAACAUAAUUAAACGAUUACUAGCCAUCCAGGAUACUGGAAGAAGUUAUGAGACCCAGAACCUCUACAUAAUGCUGAAGAGGAUUGAUGAUUAUCAAAAAAAGGUGAUGCAGAUCUGGACAGAGAAGCAGAAUUCUCUAGAGCAGAAACGGAAUCAGUGCCUAAGGAAAAUGAUGUACUUUUUCAGCCAGCUUCAAGAGAUAUAUAAACUGAAUCUCGAUCAACCUACCCCUUUGGUCAUUGAAAAAAAGCAAAUACCUGCCUCUACCAAAUCUGUUCAACAGCCAUGUUCAAAGCUACUGAAAGAAGAGAACAGGAAGUAUAACAUUCUCAAUAAAUUUAGAAAAGACGACCAACUGCAAGCCAUCUGGAAUGCAGAUCUAUCCACUUCGAGUUACCCAAUAACAGAGAAGACAUCAAUGCAUUCACUCUGGGCACAGCUGGGUGGGUACCCAGAUAUUCCUAUGCUGCUUCAGUUAGAUGUUCAGUCAGCCUUCAUAAGAUCUCUUACAUGUAUUCAAUCAAGGUUUAAGAAGAUUCCCAGGUGA